AAAACUCAUUUUUUGGAAUACCUGAAGUCCAUAUGGCUUUGUAUGAUGAAGAUCUCAUGAAAAAUCCUUUUUAUCUGGCAAUUCAAAAAAGGCGUCCAGAUCUUUGUAGCAGAGUUGCUGAAGUCCAUGGUAUUGGAGCCUCAAGGCACAAACCUAGAAGAAGGAUGUGACUCCAAAAUGUCUAUAAGAAAUAUCUUCAAAGGAAAACACAACUUGGACUGAAGUUCAACUAGAAUUCCUGGAAUAAGGUCUAGUCUCCAAAGAGAUGAAGAAAAGAGCCACGGACCCAUAUGCAGAGAAAGAUACUUAUAAUAAUUCUUCCUCUCAUGGCAAAGAACUAAAAAUCUAAGAUGGUGCCUAUUGGGUUUUAGUACCUUGCAAAGGAAGCCUAUCAAGCAGCUCACAGUCUACCUGCCAGUUUGAUUCCUAUGUCCUGAAACCAGCGGGAGAGAGUUUUCAGACCUUAAAUGGAAAGGAGCUUUUUAUACAAGGAAAUAGAAUUAAAUUAGGAGCUGGUUUUGCCUAUCCUCUCACAGUGCCCAUUCUCUUUGAAGAAACUUUCUACAAUGAAAAAGAAGAAAGUUUUAGCAUACUAUGUAUAGCUCAUCCAUUGGAGAAAAAAGAGAGCACAGAAGAAUCUUCAACCUCAUCAAAUUCUUUUCCCCUGAAAACAAUUGAAGAUGUAAGAGAAUUUUUGGGAAGAUACUCAGAGAGAUUUGAUAAAAAUAUUGCAUCUUUCCACCGAACAUUCAAAGAUUAUGAAAGAAAGAGCCUCCGUCAUUACAUAGAUUCCGUGAAUGCACUUUAUACUAAAUGCCUCCAGCAGUUGUUAAGAGAUUCUCAUUUGAAAAUGCUUGCCAAACAGGAGCUUCAGAUGAAUUUGAUGAAACAGGCAGUUGAAAUGUAUAUUCAUCAUGAUAUUUAUGAUCUGAUAUUUAAAUAUGUGGGAACUAUUGAAGCAAGUGAGGACGCUGCAUUUAAUAAAAUUACAAGAAGCCUUCAAGAUCUUCAGCAGAAGGAUAUUGGUGUUAAACCAGAAUUCAGCUUCAACAUACCCCGUGCAAAGAGAGAACUGGGUCAACUGAAUAAAUGUACCUCUCCACAACAGAAGUUGGUUUGUCUUCGAAAAGUGGUACAACUAAUUAUGCAAUCUCCUAGCCAAAGAGUUAACAUGGAGACCAUGUGUGCUGAUGAUCUACUGUCUGUCCUGCUGUAUUUACUUGUGAAGACAGAGAUACCAAAUUGGAUGGCAAAUUUGAGUUACAUCAAAAACUUCAGAUUUAGUAGUUCAGCAAAAGAUGAAUUGGGUUACUGUCUGACUUCUAUAGAGGCUGCGAUAGAGUAUAUUCGACAAGGAAAUCUCUCUGAAAAGCCUCCUGAAUCUGAGGGAUUUAGUGACAAAUUGUCUCUUAGACAGAGAAUGAACUUACUAUCCCAGAUGAGUUCGACCCCUAUUGAUUGUUUGUUUAAGCACAUUGCUUCAGGGAACCAGGAAGAAGUAGAAAAACUUUUGUGUCAGGAUGACCAUGAUAAAGACACCAUUCAAAAAAUGUGCCAUCCUCUUUGCUUCUGUGACAACUGUGAGAAAUUGGUCUCUGGGAGACUGAAUGAUCCUUCAGUUGUCACUCCAUUUUCCAGAGAUGACCGGGGCUACACACCAUUGCAUGUAGCUGCUGUUUGUGGGCAAGCAUCAUUCAUUGAUCUGCUGGUUUCCAAAGGGGCUGUAGUGAAUGCAACUGAUUAUCAUGGGUCAACACCUCUUCAUUUGGCUUGUCAGAAGGGCUAUCAGAGUGUUACACUUCUAUUAUUGCACUACAAGGCAAGUACAGAUGUUCAAGACAAUAAUGGCAACACAGCCCUCCAUUUAGCCUGUACCUAUGGUCAUGAAGAUUGUGUGAAGGCUUUAGUCUACUAUGAUGUGCAUUCUUGCAGACUAGAUAUUGGCAAUGAAAAAGGAGACACUCCUCUUCAUAUAGCUGCCCGCUGGGGCUAUCAGGGCAUCAUAGAAGUAUUGCUGCAAAAUGGAGCCAGCACUGAGCUUCAGAACCGAAUGAAAGAAACACCACUGAAAUGUGCAUUAAACUCUAAGAUUGUAUCUGUCAUGGAAGCCAGUCACCUUCCCUUUGAAAGGGGAAAAAGAUCUUCUGAGUCCCCUAUUUGUUCUCCUCAAUAUUCAGUGGAUUCCAUCAGUCAAGCCUCCUCGAUCUCGAGUUUGUCUUCAGUUUGUGCAGACUUAAAACAAGAAGUAAAAAAUAAUUAUAAAGAGGUAGAAAAACUUUUAAGAGCUGUUGCUGAUGGAGAUCUAGAAAUGGUACGAUAUCUCUUGGAAUGGAUAGAUGAAGAUUUAGAAGAUGGAGAGGAUAUUGCCAGAACAGCAAACCUUGAAUUUUGUCACCCCUUAUGCCAGUGUCCAAAGUGUGCUCCACGGCAAAAGAAGCUUGAAAGGAUUCCUGUCAAUGGACUUGAAGUGAAUGUUACCAAUCAGGAUGGCUUCACUGCACUGCAUGUGGCUGUGCUGCAUGGUCGAACUGAUCUUGUCUCCCUCCUUUUGAAACAUGGUGCCAAUGUGGAUGCCAAGAAUGUUAAUCGGGCUACCCCACUUCAUCUUGCCUGCCAGAAGGGACACUCUCAGGUGGUAAAGAGCCUAAUGGACUUUGGUGCAAAGCAAAAUACAAAGGAUUCAAGUGGCAACACUCCCCUCAUUUAUGCUUGUCUGAAUGGUCAUCAUGAAACAGCUGCUUUAUUACUGGAAGUAAGAAAAACCUCAAAACAGCAUGGUGCCUCUCUUAAUGCUUCUAACAACAGGGGCAACACAGCAUUGCAUGAAGCUGUGAUAGGACAUCAUACCAUCCUGGUGGAACUCCUGCUGCUCCAUGGAGCAUCGGUUCAUGUUAGGAAUAAGAGGCAGUGUACACCUCUGGACUGUGCUGAACAGAAUACAGAGAUCAUGGAAUUGUUGCAGACAGUACCCAGAUGUGUUGCAAUGUCAGAAGAUGCUACAGAAACAGAUGGUGAAGAACAUGCUGCUGUUAAGAUCAGGAAAAAGUUGAAUUCAAGGCAACAUGGACCAGCAGAUGAUACCUUAAGCAGAAGAUUUCAGUUUGUUCAUUCAAUUAAUCGGUUUAAGGCAAAAACUUCACGUGAAACCAUAACAAGAGACAGAAGUGUCCCCAAUUUUGAUGAUGACUUUUUGAGUCAAGAAGCAGUUCUGAGAGAUAAUAAAGUCAAGUUAGAAGAUGAUCCACUGGAGCAGAGCAGAUCUGAGACUCCUGAUGAAGAAAAUAACAGCAAACUGGUGAUGGGCACAGGGACACAGAUGGUGCACAGAACUAAGCGAAUGCAGCGGAGGCACACAGUCAAUGAAGCUCUUGUAUCACAGGACCCAGAAAUGGCCUCUAGUAGUGACUUAGCAGCUCUUGAAAAGCCAAGUGUUUUACCCUCUGAAGACUCUUAGCAGUCACAAAGAAUUGUUCAUUUGCUGCCAAAAAAGUAAAGAACUAUCAAGAUAAUGUUGCUGAUAUUUAAAACAAGACUUAGGAUCGCACCUUCAAAACUGGCUUGGAAGAAUAAGCCUUCAACAGAAAGCUGUUGCAAGGUUUGUACUUUAGAGCUGGAACCUAUUUUCAGAAAGUUCUUCAUGGAACUGUUUUGUGGCAGACUGAAGCAGGGCAAGAUUAAUGUAAAGAAUAUAGCCAGAAAAAUAUUCCCUCUUUUUUGGCUUCUCUUUCGAAGUUAAAGCACUUGAAAAGCACAGCACAAAGCAGUGGUUUCUGAAUCUUUUAAGCCCUGCCCUGGGUUUAAAUAUUUGUUUCCUUUGGUUAAAGGGAGAGCUUUUAAUGACCUCUUCUACUGAAAGGUUUUGAACCAAUGUAGUGUUUAAGUGUAACAUAGCAAACUUUAUAAAUUCAAAUUCUCUAUGCUGCAAUAAGCCGAAUAAAGCAGUUAGUCUUCACAAGACUCUGAAGAUGCUGUACAAAAAGGUAACAUUUGAAUGAAGAAAGCAAAAUUAAAAAAAAAAAACGAACCCCAACUCCUUUGCAAAGCAACACAAGGAUAACCAAAUCACAACUAAAUGCAUUUAUUUUUAGUAAAGGUAUAUUGUUUGUCCUACAAAUAAAUAUGAAAAAAGCUAGGUGUAAUGCUUUUUCUAGUAAGAUAUACAGAUAAUUUGGUCCUCUUCACAUAUGCGCCUGUGUAGCAGUGAGAACUUGCAUAUUCAUGGAAACACUUCUCUUAGUUAAGAUACUCUUCCUCAAAUGCCACACUUCAAGGAUGGCCACUAAAAUUAAAGUUUAGAUCUGGCAUCUCUUUCCUAACAGGCUUUUGAUUAAACUUCUGUGAACAUGUCAUAGACCAGGUUAAUGUGAUUUUGAUUUAAGGAAUCAUUGCCAUAUUCACAUUCAUUUCUUUUUAAAUUUCUAAAGAAAAUAUUGGUUUUAUUUAGUUUUUUAAUGUAUGCUGUCAAUAACUUGUCUAGGGCCCCAGACUUUCGGGAUUGUCUGGAGUGUGUUUUCAGAUACCUUUUUACUAUUUAAAAAAAAAUGGUUCAUGCAUGCUAUUGGAAACACUUGUGUGCUUGUAGAUGGGAGGGGUUUGUGUAUAUUUUUCUAAAAAAAUAAUUUAUGAUUUCUGCUAAUUUUCUAAUGUGCCUUGGAUAUGUGCCAAAUGAUGGAAAAGAAACAGUAAAGUUUAUGAUUCUUGAAAAUA